CUGAUUGGCUGAUGGCUGCCUGGCAGGAAGAAAGAGCUGCUGUGUUGAGGCCGAAAACUCGGGCACAAUCUGGAGGGGGGGUGGAACGACAACAAAAUACCUCCGUGGAAGAUUACAUGCACCGGACACUCAACAGGAGACGUCAAAGGGAUUUUUAAUUUCUUUUUUCUUUAUUUUUCUUCUUUUUUUUUUUGUACGUCGAGCUGAGUUCGUCAUGCUUUUGCCAGCUCCGGCUCCGGCCGUGAUGACGCGUGUGUCGCUGUAAUCAAGUCCCCGUUUACUCUUAAUGAGACCGAACGUGCCACACCGUCUUGAGAUUGAAAAUCUUUGCAUGGAGGACACAUAGCUGACCCGCUUUGCCGUGAAGCUGCGGCUGGCCGGCUGUCACUGGCACAACAUCCCGCAAGGAAGGGGGGGAAAAAAAAAAAAAACUCCACGGCAAGAGCUGUGAUGAAGGAACCGUAGACAUUCGCGAGGAGAAGCAGCCCCACCGAAGGCUUCUUUUAUCGGACUCGAGGCUGUUCGACGGCUCUCCGCAUCAGUGCCAUGAAUCAUCGCGGUCAACAGCGCUGCUCCCCAUAGAGGUCACCCCCCGCCCGCCCUCCCCCGCGCCUCUCUUUCCAUUCGACUCGCUCCGGAGGAUGCUGGGAAUGUGUCGCGGGCGCAGGAAGUUCCUGGCGGCCUCCCUCGCCCUGCUCUUCAUCCCGGCGCUCACUUGGCUUUACCUGUCGGUCGGCAGCUUUCAAGUGAAGCCCCUCCCCCUGUCGCCGUUGGAAACGCAGUCGUCCACGCCCGCCGGAGGAGCGGGCGAGCGGCAAGCGUUGGAGUCGCGGGUGCGGGCGGUGGAGGAGGAGAACCGGGCGCUGCGCCGCCAGCUCAGCCGGCCACCCAGGAGCCCCUCGUCGCGCCUUCCGUAUGGCGGUCACCGUGGCAACCAAAGCAGAGCCCAUUCAGAGGAAGGCACCGGUGAUAACGAGGGCCAGAAAGCCGCCGCUGCUGCCGCUGCGGCGGCGAACAACUCGGACUGUGUCCAGCAGCCGGUCGUGGAUAAGUGUGAGACAAUCCACGUUGCCAUCGUCUGCGCCGGUUACAACGCCAGCCGUGAUGUGGUGACCCUGGUGAAAUCCGUCCUUUUCCACCGGCGGAACCCCCUCCAUUUCCAUUUCAUCACCGACUCCAUAGCUCAGCAAAUCCUGUCGUCUCUGUUCCACACCUGGAUGGUUCCUGCCGUCCGGGUCGACUUCUAUGACGCCGAUGAGCUGAAGUCUGAGGUCUCGUGGAUCCCCAACAAGCAUUACUCGGGAAUCUACGGUCUGAUGAAGCUCGUGCUCACCAAGACGCUUCCGCCGGAUCUCCAAAAAGUCAUCGUUUUGGACACGGACAUUACGUUCGCCACCGAUAUCGCCGAGCUAUGGGCCGUCUUCCACAAGUUCAAAGGCCAGCAGGUUCUGGGUCUGGUGGAGAACCAGAGUGACUGGUACCUUGGGAACCUGUGGAAGAACCACCGACCGUGGCCUGCCCUGGGUCGAGGCUUCAACACUGGGGUGAUUUUGCUGCUGCUCGAUCGACUGCGAAAGCUGCGAUGGGAGCAGAUGUGGAGGCUGACUGCCGAGCGGGAAUUAAUGAGCAUGCUGUCGACUUCGCUGGCGGACCAGGAUAUCUUCAAUGCUGUGAUCAAACAGAACCCGUUCCUGGUUCACCAGCUGCCCUGCUUCUGGAACGUCCAGCUGUCUGACCACACCCGGUCCGAGAAGUGCUACAAAGACGUGUCGGACCUCAAGGUCAUCCACUGGAACUCCCCGAAGAAGCUCCGCGUCAAGAACAAGCACGUGGAAUUCUUCCGUAAUCUCUACCUAACCUUCCUGGAGUACGACGGCAACCUGCUGCGCCGCGAGCUGUUUGGCUGUCCCAGCGAGGCCGAUCACAACAGCGAGAACCUCCAGAAGACGCUCUCCGAGCUGGACGAAGACGACCCGUGCUACGAGUUCCGCCGCGAGCGAUUCACCGUCCACCGAACGCAUCUCUACUUCCUGCAUUACGAGUAUGACGUCACCCCCGACAACGCGGACGUCACGCUGGUGGCGCAGCUCUCCAUGGACAGACUUCAGAUGUUGGAGGCCAUCUGCAAGCACUGGGAAGGCCCCAUCAGCUUGGCCCUGUACCUGUCCGACGCCGAGGCCCAGCAGUUCCUGCGCUACGCUCAGGGCUCGGAGGUGCUCAUGAGCCGUGGGAACGUCGGCUACCACGUCGUCUACAAAGAAGGACAGUUCUACCCGGUCAACCUGUUGCGAAACGUCGCCAUGCGGCACGUCAACACGCCUUACAUGUUCCUGUCCGACAUCGAUUUCUUACCCAUGUACGGCCUGUACGAGUAUCUCAGGAAGUCGGUCGCGCAACUCGACAUGGCCAACACCAAGAAAGCACUGGUGGUGCCAGCGUUUGAGACGCUGCGCUAUCGGCUCUCCUACCCGAAAUCGAAAGCCGAGCUGCUUUCUCAGCUGGACAUGGGAACGCUUUUUACCUUCAGGUACCACGUGUGGACCAAAGGCCACGCGCCCACCAACUUUGCCAAAUGGCGGACGGCCACCACCCCUUACAGGGUGGAGUGGGAGGCCGACUUUGAGCCCUACGUCAUGGUGAGGCGGGACAGCCCCGAGUACGACCGCCGCUUCGUGGGCUUCGGCUGGAACAAGGUGGCGCACAUCAUGGAGCUGGACGCGCAGGAAUACGAAUUUGUGGUCCUCCCCAACGCGUACAUGAUCCACAUGCCGCACGCGCCCAGCUUCGACAUCACCAAGUUCCGCUCCAACAAACAAUACCGGGUCUGCCUCAAGACCCUCAAGGAGGAGUUCCAGCAGAACAUGUCGCGGCGCUACGGCUUUGCCGCCCUUAAAUACAUGACUGCCGAGAACAACAGCUAGCCACCGCGGGGACCCUCGCCAACCCCCCCCCCUCCACCCCCG